AUGGCGUCGCUGGAUCCUCAUCUUCCUAAAUCCAUUCAGACGCCAAUCUCUACAACCGUUGAAUCUGAUGACAACCAGUUUGAUACUUCCCUGCAGUCAGAUGGUCAAGUCAAAGAGAUCUCGCGGCUCAUCCUGGACAUCUUUCUGGGGUAUGCCCUCAACAAGUUCAAUUACUCAGAAGAACGCCUCGGGGACUCCGCGGAUGGCUUUCUUUCCGUCAUUGGCCAAUUUGUCUCCAAAGGUGCACGGGUGCAAGCUUGUCUCCCUGCUUUCCCCUUCAAAUCAGCGAACAAAGUGUACAAGGUGCUUGGCAGCUUACCAGAUAAGGCAGAGGAGCUUGCUAUCGAACGCUUAAAUAUCCUAUGCAAGCGUGUUCAGGAUAUCUACCCCCCGGGUGCGAGUAUUGUCAUUAUUUCCGAUGGCAUUACCUACAAUGACUUAUUGUGUAUCUCUGACCAAGAAACCUGGAACUAUGGCGAAGCCUUGCGUGAGAUGGUUGACAAGAAAGGGUUCGACAAUAUUUCAUUCUCAAGGAUUCGCGACCUUCUCGAGUUCCCUCUACCGGAGAAAUUGAGCGAGAUUAUCUACGUGGCCAACUGUACCACCUUCCGUCGCUUGCUUUUGAACAAGUACGGCAAUCCUGACCUGAACAUUGACCAUGAAAUUGCCACCAAUCCAGAUACCAAAUUGACGUAUCUGGGAUAUAAGCGAUUUCUGGAGUCUGAUCUUCAGUACAUUUUUCCUCGAGGGGAUAAUCGCUCGGCCCACAGUUACAAACGAGAUUGCAAGUAUCUGGCCAAGCAGAUGCUCACAAGAGGACACGCGUUUGCAGGGGCGAUCAAGAACGCCUUCCCCGACCACCUGCGACUUUCAAUCCACGAAUCCAUUUGUGGUACCAAGCUACCUAUCAGUCUGCUGAAUACGAAGACAGGCUUUACUACCCCAUGGCACUGCUGUGUUGCUCAAUUAGCAGAUGGAGUGUGGGUUAGUGCGCCUAUGGGCGAGUUCAAUCAAGAUAGCCGCCUGGAACUUGUCUAUGUUGAUGGAAAACCCAGUCACUACCAAGAAAAACUGCACAGCGGUGACCACAUCGCUAUUGAUGAGACAACGGCGAGCUACCUUCAGUCAGCCAAGUCUAUCGAUGUCAAUGCCUACGUCAAUGGUGCAUUAAAGAAUCCCUCUUCACUUUCAUCUUCCUCUAGCGAAGUGUCCCUCUCGUCGUCUGAGGGCAAAUCACCAGGCAGCAGAUCCACCACGCCAGAUGUUCAAUCAGUGAAAAGGUUCUCGCCUGCAAAAUCCAGCCAGCUCGCGCUCAAUAAGAAGUCCGACCUUAAAUCAGCACAGCAAGAAACAAAAUCGACCGUGUCAACGCCAUACGGUAGAAGGCUCAUCCCUCAAAUAAUGGAUGGUCUUGCCGUCAUCGAGCCCGAGCGAACCGUCUUCUCCCUUGCAUCACUUUCGAACGGGCUCGUCGAGCUCAACCCGAUUUCCGCUCGACAGUUUGCUAAAGCAGUUGACAAGACUGCUUGGUGGCUUCAUGAUCAAGCUGGCAUUCCCGACUCAGUACAACCAGUGGCUUAUAUUGGACCGCACGAUCUACGUCAUCUUUUAUUGACAUAUGCAUGCGUCAAGGUGGGCUACGCGCUUCCUACGCUCCAAGAGCUCCUCGAUGCCGAGUGUACUGAAGCCUUUCCGUAUACCAAGAGUUUUGAAGAGGCUAAAGAUGAUCCAUUCUGCUUCUUGCAUACGUCUGGAAGUACUGGAUUGCCCAAGCCCAUUCCCUGGUCCCAUGGGCUGAUCGGCACGAUGGAUGCAGGUGCGGGAAUUAUCAUGGAUAUUUUGAUGCCUGCACUUUUCAAUCUACAUUGUGUGUUGGGACCAGUUGGUGUUUUACCAAAUCUUAACCUCGUGGAAAGAUUAGCCGUGGACGUUAAGAUUGACAUAUGGAGUAUGGUCCCAUCUCUUGUCGAUGAACUGGGUGAAACCCCCGAAGUAUUGGCAAAUCUCCAGUCGAGCAAAUUUAUAUGCGCAUCUGGAGGCCCUGUUAGUCCUGUCAGUGCUGGCAAGGUGAAUGAGGUAGUCAGGGUGCUCAACUUGACCGGCACGACAGAAGGUCUCUUCAUUGGCAAUCUGAAGACAGAGCGAGAAGACUGGUUCUGGUUCUGCUUCCAUCCCUACUCUGGCUUUGAAUUCAAAGAGCUUGAAGCGGAUACUUAUGAGCACUGGGUACACCGUAAUGAACAUUGGCCUCUGUUCCAGGGUAUCUUCCACACAUUUCCAGACAAGGACUCGAUCAACUUUAAGGACCUCUACAUGAAGCACCCCACCAAGCCUAACCUGUGGGCAUUCAAGGGAAGGAGCGAUGAUCUCGUCGUCUUAUCGAACGGCUAUAAGAUAUCGCCGCUUGAGACGGAGGCAUUUGUCACCACUCACCCUGCCAUUAGCGGAUGCCUUAUUUUUGGAACUGGCAAGCCACAAGCGGCCCUACUCGUUGAGCUGAAGGAUCCGUCGAACAAAGCGGCUGACCUCAUUGAAAGCAUUUGGCAAACAAUUCAGACGGCCAAUUCUAUGUCUCGACACAAGAACCAGUUACUGAGGGACUUCGUCACUUUCGCACACCCAGAUAUGCCCUUCUUACGAACAGACAAGGGAACAGUGAAAAGAUCAGCCACAUUAGCGUUAUAUUCCGAGUACAUAGAGCGCUUCUACAGUUCACGCAGUGAUGAUCCCGAUAACACCAUCAUUCUGGAUUUGAGUUCUACCAGUGCGAUUGAAGACUCCAUCCGUACGAUCAUCGGCUCUUUACUUCCCGAGGUUCGGGAACUCCUCCCUGAUGCAGACUUGUUUGCACUUGGGCUUGACUCUCUGGGUGUAUUUGCAGCUGUGAAAGCAAUGCGAGCAGCUUCAGGGUGGGGUGAUAAAAUCGCCCCUCGACACGUUUACGCCAAUCCAACUAUCGCGAGCCUUGCUGCGACGGUCUCCAGGUUGAUAGAUGAAGCACAGAUUGUUCAAGAUGGUAUUCCUCUGAGUCAAAUGCGGGACGGUGAUUUCUCUAAGAUAAGUGAGAUGGUCGCUCAGCACAGGGGGCGGCAAUCUUUCCGCUUAAACGCCUUCGAUUACGUUAACCCUAAUCACGGCAUGGGAAUUGUUCUUUACUUCUCGAUCCACGACGGGACAACUUUUGAGCAAGUCUUUCUCAAUCUUCAGGAAGGGCUCAAUCGCACAUUCGAUAUGAUACCAGCUCUCAGUGGCAAGAUGAUGCACUGCUCCGAGCAAGAAAUUGGCUGUAGCAAAGGAGAUCUCUGUGUGACAAUUCCGCCACUGUCCAUGGCGGCUUCUGCACGAGACCGCCUGUUGUGCAAGGAUCUCUCAAAUGUUCUCCCAUCCUUUGAGAAGUUACGGGAAGCAGGUUUCCCGCCUUCUGUGUUCAAGGAUGGCCUCGUCCUGCGAGACGAUCCCUUCCCCAAAUUCCCCGCAGACAUUUUUUCCGGCCAAGUGAACUUCGUCUCUGGUGGCUGCUUGGUUGCGGUUGACUUGAACCACUGCUGCCUCGACGGUCUUGGAGUCAUGGUCGCCCUCAAGGCCUGGGCGGAGAACUGCAGAUAUCUACAAGGUGAUCAUACGGCAACAUGCAGCUGGUAUCAUCCCGAGAGCUUUAACCACGCCUUGCCAGAGAUUAUUCACGAGCAGGAAGGAUGGGCUCGACCGAUCGAAGAGAUUGAUCCUGGUACCUGGGGCUUCUUGCCCUUCUUCCCACCUAACGAUAACCAAAGCAUGAAAGAAACUCGCGUUCACCUUGGGGACCAUGCGUUACCUCCCGCGCCUGAUUUCAAGUUGCAUGAUGUUUGGCCACUUGCCCGUGCUGAACGGUGCCUUCAAACGACGCUGUUUCUCAUCAGGCCCGAGAAGCUUGAGAAGAUGAAGCAAGACGUCAUAUCCGAUCCUGAAGCCAAGGGGGCCAUCAAAUCAAUCAGUGAUAUUGUGCAAGCCUUUUUGUGGCGGGCUGCUAUCAGGGUACGAUACAGGGUAGCCAAGGACAUCCGCAAGCAGAUUUUCAAGCCCGAUGAGGUGUCGAUCCUUGAGCUGCCCACAGAUGGCCGUCCAUACUUUUCAUCAUUAUUGCCCUCGACAUAUAUGGGCAGUCUACUCAUUCUCAAUCGAUCGACCAUGCCGAUCGAGACCCUGUGCUCCAAUCAGACGACUAUUGGCCGCGUGGCGUAUCUGCUCCGUCAGUCCGCCGCACGCAUCACACCCUCAGUCGUCCACGACUCGUUUACAAUUCUGCAGUCAUUGCCAGAUCAUAGUCGAUUUUCGACGGCGAAUAUGGGUCUUGAACACAUGCAUGCUAUGAUUUCGAACAUGAUGCUAUUCCCAACCAGCGAGAUUUGUUUUGGAGAUGCAUUCUUUGCCAAUGGAGGGUCGCCUGAAUCUUUAAGACCACAGCUGGAGCGUGGAAAUGGACGAUUCCGAUUCCUCGUCAUUUUCCCUAUUAGGAAAGAUGGGGGCAUCGAAAUUGUUCUGGGCACGCAUCCAGAGGAGUUGGAGAUAUUCCAGGCCGACGAAGAGUUUACGAAGUAUGCUGAACUUGUAGACACGUGCUGCUAA